UAGUAUAACACCCUGUGUGACAGCCGCUGUCUUCACCAAUUCGCAGAACAAUGGCUUAAGUGCGUCUUCAGCAAAGAUCUCCGGGUUCGUUGCGAGGAAGAUGAAAACUUUCUCAUGUGAGACGGGGACUCAGGUGGGUUGUGUGACUGACGGCAAGAUUAGAUUGCCAACCUGCUGCUGUUUCUAACAACUGUAACAGUCAUGGAAGUCAAACAUGAUCAAAUAAGUUUUAUGAGAAACGGGGAAGAGCGACGCGGUGGCUGAAAAGUACCGGUUUCAGAUGGAGACGGACCUGAGGCUGGAGUCAAGUUUAUGGGUCGGGAAUAAAAGAUACCGGGCGGUCCUGACAGGCUGGCAUUUCAACUGGACCGAGGUGGAUAAGAAGAACCGCGACAAGAACACAGAGAGAAGAGGAAGGGAUGUCAGUGUGAAAAUGGAAAGUGUUUUCUGGAAUCUUGGAAUCUGUUAGAUGUUUAAAUGCCAUCCACAGCACACACUUGGGUGUGCCAGCAAGCACAACAGACCUGUUUCACAGCAAACCCUUUGACCUGUCUGCAUAGGCAAAGCACCACAUCAAUGAUGAACGUCGUGACCAAGAAACCAGUGUCUGGAAACUAACACGUGCGCCUUACCAGUCUGACAUGUCAAAAAGGCCUAUGACUGAGUUCUGGCCUUGGAACAUUUCAGUACCUGUGGCAGAGGUGGUUGGAGUGGAGGAGGGCCGGGUGGAGAUACUCCCCCAGAAGUCAAUUGAGGACACAGACAAAGACUUCACAGUUUUCUAUGUGAAGCGCUGCGGCAGUAGGGGCUCUUAUGGGUUACUAUGGAGACUGGGCCGGACCCAGUUCAGCUGUCCCAGUCGGGUCCUCAGAGACCAAUGGACAAACCACCUAAGAACUGCUCUCAAAACCCACUGUCCGUUACGCCCACACAGGCUGUUGGUGUUCAUUAACCCUUUUGGAGGGAAAAAGAAAGGAAGACAGAUCUACCAUUCUCUGGUUGCCCCGCUGUUUGAGCUGGCUGGUAUCAGCUCUCAUGUAAUAGUGACUGAGCGGGCAAACCAGGCCAGAGAUCACCUCCUCAAGAAAGACCUGACAGGCUUCGAUGGUGUGGUGUGUGUGGGAGGGGAUGGCAUGUUCAGCGAAAUACUUCACGGUUUGAUAGGCCGGACACAACAAGAGGCAGGCCAUUGUGAGAACGACCCAGCUGUCACUUUACAGCCUUGUCCGCUUCACAUCGGCAUCAUACCCGCAGGCUCUACAGACUGUGUGUGUUAUGCUACAGUGGGAGUGACUGACCCUGUUACUUCAGCUUUACACAUUAUCAUUGGAGACUCACAGCCUUUGGAUGUGUGUUCGGUCUAUCAGUCCCCUGCUGGGGUGCACUACUCAGUGUCUCUGCUGGGCUAUGGCUUUUAUGGGGACGUGCUGGCUGAGAGCGAAAAACACCGCUGGAUGGGACCUCUACGAUAUGACUAUUCAGGUGCUAUGGUGUACCUAUGCAACAGAAGCUAUGCAGGCAUAGUUCAGUAUCUACCAGCGGACCCAGUGCUGUCAAGCCCAAGAGAUCGAACGCGCUGCCUCUCGGGGUGCAGUGUUUGCUCCAGAAGCACAGAAAGACUUUUCCCCCACUUUUCACACUCUGGCUCCCUGCACAGCUCCCACUACAGCCAGUUCAGUAAUGACUCAGAAGGUGAUUGGGUGACCGUAGAGGGCAGGUUCAGGUGUGUGUCUCUCACUUGUAUGUCCAGUUCGUGUUCCAGGAGUCCAUUGGGCCUCUCUCCCUCAGCCCACCUGGCGGACGGAACAGGAGACCUCAUUCUGGUAUGGGACACUCACCCGCUGGGAUUCCUCAAGUUCCUCUACAGGCACACAAGCACACAGGACCAGUUUGACCUGCCGUUUGUGGAGGUCCACCGUGUGAAGGCCUUCCGUUUCUCUCUUCCCGCUGACCAAGAAGAGGGAGAAUAUGAAGAGAUUGCAGGGUUGAAUGGUGGGUUGGAAGAAGAAGAGAGAGGCUACGAAGAGACUGUAAGCAGGAAUGGAUCUCAGCAGCACCUGGCAGAGAGAGGCACAGGGCGAGAAACAACAAGCAAGCAGAAAGCAGCGAACCCUUACCUGUGUGGCCUGUGCUGCAGCAAAGCUCCUGCUGUGUCAGUGUGGAACUGUGAUGGAGAGAUUCUGCCUGUCACCAAGAUGCUCUGCAGGGUUCAUGGGCAGCUGGUGCGUCUAUAUGCCAGAGGCAUUGAGGAUGGAGCAGCGGUGCACAAAUGUAGCAAGGAAAACGACAUGACUUCUGACACAAAUAGUCCCACCUAAAUGCUGGACGAUGAGAGAAAAGUGACAAUAUGAGGCAAGGCCUGAGGGAAAAACCAGCCAGCUGUUCAGUCUGUCUUGGCCACAGAGCUCCUUAUAUUUCAGGUUCUUUUACAUUGCAAUAAUUUAAAAAACUUUUUUUCCUUAAACUUGUUUGUGUGUGUGUGUAUUUGUCGAAUACUGUACCUUGAAAACACUAUUAAAUGAUACACUUUUGGGUCUGCAAA